CUACUGCGCUCUUGUUUAUUUUUAAUAGUUAAUAGUUUUUAAUAGUCUUAAAACAUAUUCGUAUCACGAUGACACUCGACUUGGAUGCAAUCAAAAAGGAAGAUAAGAUCCUGAUCAAUCAGGAGUACAAAAUCCUGGCUGAAUACAAAAUGAUUGAGUCGGAGAAGCUGGGUGGCAUAUAUACAAUACCCAGUUUAGCCAAUUCCUUGCAAUGGUUUGGUGUCUUCUUUGGACGCCAGGGCUUCUACGCAGAAAGCGUAUUUCGGUUCUCUCUGCUGCUGCCCGAACGUUUCCCGGAUGAUAAAAGUCUUCCAACUGUAAUUUUUCAGCAAAAUAUCCUGCAUCCCCAUGUGUGCCCGUACACCAACAGCCUGGACAUUAGUCAUGCCUUUCCAGAGUGGCGAUGUGGCGAAGAUCACCUCUGGCAGCUCUUCAAGUACAUGCAGGCGAUAUUUUCGGACCCCUUGGACAGCAUGCGAGGCAUUGAAAUUGACAAACUAAAGAAUCCCGAGGCCGCCGACCUGCUGCUAAACAACCGUGAGGAGUUUGCUGCCCGCGUCCUGGAGAACAUCAAGGAGAGCAAGGAGCACAUCUAUGACCCACAACCUACGGAGGAUCCGCAUUAUAUAGCAUUUGAAAAGUUUCAACCAGAUGUGCAUGGGCCGGUCUUGGAGCGAAUCAAAGCGGGCAGGUGUAACCAGACGGACUCCAGCCUUCAACAGGCGAAUGGCGGCGCUGCCACCGGCCUCUCUUGGGUGAAGGAGGGCGAAUUCAAGCCGUUGAGCAUUGAGUAAAGGUAAUCUGUACAUAUAGUAGUUCAAAUGUUGUCUCAAUUAUAUUCCAUUAAAGUUUAAUGUUACACUA